UGUGGUUCUAAAAUAACAUCCAUGGAGAAUAAUACAGAGGCGAGUGAAUUCAUCCUGCUUGGUCUAACCAAUGCCCCAGAACUACAGGUUCCCCUCUUUAUCAUGUUCACCUUCAUCUACCUCAUCACUCUGACUGGGAACCUGGGGAUGUUCAUAUUAAUCCUGCUGGACUCUCAUCUUCACACUCCCAUGUACUUUUUUCUCAGUAACCUGUCUCUGGUGGACAUUGGUUACUCGUCAGCUGUCACUCCAAAGGUUUUAACUGGGUUGCUUAUAGAAGACAAAGCCAUUUCCUACAAUGCCUGUGCUGCUCAGAUGUUCUUUUUUGCAGUCUUUGCCACUGUGGAAAAUUACCUCUUGUCCUCAAUGGCCUAUGACCGCUAUGCAGCAGUGUGUAACCCCCUACAUUAUACCACCACCAUGACAACACGUGUGUGUGCCUGUCUUGCUAUAGGCUGUUAUGUCAUCGGUUUUCUGAAUGCUUCUAUCCAAACUGGAGACACAUUUCACCUCUCUUUCUGCAUGUCCAACGUGAUUCAUCAUUUUUUCUGUGACAUACCAGCAGUCAUUACUCUGACCUGCUCUGAUAAACACAUUAGUGAGCUGAUUCUUGUUCUUAUAUCAGGUUUUAAUGUCGUUUUUGCACUUUUUGUUAUCUUGAUUUCCUAUCUGUUCAUAUUGAUCACCAUUCUUAAAAUGCACACAGGUAAAGUAUAUCAGAGGACUUUUUCCACCUGUGGGUCUCACCUCAUUGCCAUUUUCUUAUUUUAUAUAACUGUCAUCAUCAUGUACUUACAGCCAAGUUCCAGUCAUUCCAUUGACAGGGACAAAAUUGCAUCUGUGUUCUACACUAUGAUCAUCCCCAUGCUGAAUCCUAUAGUCUAUACCCUGAGGAACAAAGAGGUGAAGAAUGCAUUCAAGAAGGUUGUUGAGAAGGCAAAAUGUUCUCUGGAUUCAGUCUUUUAAUGAUGUAAAAUCAUCACAAAGUUAUUUUAUCACUCUUAGAUCUACGUUAUGCAUGAUCCGAAAUGUCAAAAUGCUAUAUGGUGUAUAGAAUGUAAAAUUUCAUCUAAUAUUAUUUCUGUUUUUAGUUGAGAAACAGUUCUAAGUAUCCAUAAGUUAGAAAAAUACAAUGAUAAUUUCUCAUGAAGUUUAAUGAAAUAUGUGUUGUCUAUUGUCAUAUUUUAGCCAACUAUAAGUCACUAC